ACGUGGGACCCCACCCCAAGGGAUGGUGCCGGGCGCGUUCUCUGCCGUCGCCUAGCAACGGCGAUGGACCGAGAAACCGAGGGUCGUGAGUACUUGGCGCAGCACAAAAUCCCGGAACUUUUGUACAGCCUGACCGCGCUGCUGCUCUACCACCAGCCAGAAAGACCAAGAGAUUUUUUGAUAAAGACAUUGGAAAAAGUAAAGCUUGCAAAAGUAACUAAUACAGGUUAUCCCAAUCUUAUGGAUGAGUCAAACUUGGAUGCAAUGUUUGAAAUGCUAGAUAUUGCAGGCCAAGGCUACAUAAAUGUAACACAGUACAAAGGAGCACUUGAAUCUUUGGGAUUGAGCAGUCAGGAUGUAAUUUAUGAAGAAAAUGAACUAAUUACACCAGCUGUCUUCAAGGAAAAUGUGAUGAAAAAAUUUGCUGAACUGUGGGAAGUAUUUUAAUCCUGAAUAUUCUCAUCUG